AUGGAAUGUCCCAAUGAGAUGAAGAAUCAGUGUUUAGAAAAAAAGAAAGACUUUCUAUCUUACACAAAUGAUGCAAUAUCCAUAUUUUUUUCAACAGUCUCUGUUUUGUUUUUCCUUAUCACUCAAGUGGUAUUAAGAGUCUUCAUCAUACACCGAGGCACCCCCAUAGUGAGAGCCAACAACCGGAGCCUGAGCUUCCUCCUCCUUGUCUCCAUCAAGCUGAGCUUCCUCAGUGUGUUUCUGUUCCUCGGUCGCCCUGUGGAUAUAACCUGCAUGCUGCGCAUCAUCACUUUUGGAAUCACCUUCUCCAUAGCUGUCUCUUCUCUCCUGGCCAAGACUAUCAUGGUUUGUGUUGCUUUCAAAGCCACCAAGCCAGGGAGCUCAUGGAGAAAAUGGCUGGGAGUCAAACUGUCCAAUUCUGUAGUCUUGUUCUGCUCAUCCAUUCAAAUAAUCAUCUGCAUGACUUGGUUGGCCAUUUCUCCUCCCUUUCAGGAACUGGACAUUCACACUUCCCCUGGAACCAUCAUCAUUCAGUGCAAUGAGGGCUCAGCUAUUGGCUUUUACUCAGUUAUUGGGUAUAUGGGGCUUCUGGCAGCUGUUAGUUUUGUUUUAGCAUUUUUAGCUCGGAGCUUACCGGACAGUUUUAAUGAGGCCAAGUACAUCACUUUCAGCAUGCUGCUCUUCUGCAGUGUUUGGAUCACAAUGAUCCCGGCCUAUCUGAGCACCAAAGGCAAAAACACUGUGUGUGUGGAGAUAUUUGCCAUACUCACCUCAAGCGCGGGCCUUUUAGCCUGUAUAUUUCUGCCCAAAUGUUACACAAUACUACUCAGCGAGCAUGCAGACACGUCGCACUGCCGGCAACUCACCACCCCCGUGUCACCCGAGCACUCUCCUACAGACUGCAUGCAGGCAGGUCGCGUGGGCAGCAAAACCCUCACACCCCCGUGUGUCACCCCAGCGCUGACUCUUAUCAAUUGCAUGCAGGCAGGUCGCGCCAGCGGCAUCCCCCCCAUCACCCGAGCACUAUCUCCUACUGACUACAUGCGUGUCACCCGAGCACUGUCUCUUGUGGACUGCAUGCAGGCAGGUCGCGCCGCCGGCAUCAACCUCCCUCCCCCGUGCCUCUCCUACCAAUGUGCACGUCGCCUGCAUGUCACUCUCUGUCCUAUGUCGCGCCUCCGGAUGCUGUCCCGAGCUCGCACAAUCCUGCCGAACUUACUAGUACCGGCGCAUCAGUUGCAGGCACGUCACGCCCGAGUACCCCCCUCCCUCUGCGUGUGCGUGACGUGCCUGCAACUGAUGCGCCGGUACUAG